CCCUCCCCGAGGUCACAACGAAUGAGCAAAACGCAGAGGCGUAAGAAGGGAUUUGUUGUUCAUGUACUGUAGUCUCCCGUAGUUCAGCUCGGGGAGGUUAUAGGUGGUGGCCCGACAUAACGACAUAACAGGAGUCUCUGGUUACACGGUUACGUUAAGAUUUAACGUAGUUGCGUCUACUCUCACCACGGGAAAAAAAUGUAGUAGCUCCUCGUGCUUUAGGCCUACAGUGAAAACCGGAGACCUCGAGAGCACGUCUUUUUUUGGAACUGUCCGCGCCUGGGAAGAAAUCAAAACAACAAUGCAGAGUGCCACCAAUAUAUCAGAUACAGCCAAGGAGCUAUGUGACGCGGUGUCAGUGUCUUUGGGUUUGAGUUCGCAGUUAAACGAGAUAGUGGAUAAUGGACGGAGCGGCCCUGCCUUCUCUGCAGACUGCGGCCCAAAUCAUGGAAACCAUUUUUCAGUCUCCGAGGAGUCUUCUCCAGAGUUUGGAGCUGGCGCAAGUAUGACCUCAGAGUUAACCACCCAGAUGCAGAGGAAAACGAGAAUUAAAUCAAAUGAUCUCGGGCCAUCGUUCGAAGUACAUCAAGACAUUUGUGGACAAAAUUAUGUCGGUUUUUUACAGACCCUCGAGCGCGAAAGGGACAGCGCAUGGAAGGUGACGAGGCCUAUGCACGAGUUGGAAAUGGCCCGAGGUCUCCGUAAAAACUCGGACAUGUUCGUGAAUUUGGAUAACGCUAUUGCGCUCUCGGUGCCCUCUCAGUUUGACGAACUGUUACCUUUAAGUUCUCCAUUCCGUAAAGACGCCCCAACCCAGUUAUUUGGUAGGGAAUUUACGGAUCAAUCGACCGUCAAUGGCCUCAUCAAAAGCAGCCUUAACAAAACCGAACAAGGACACGAGGGACCCUGUCCGGUGGCGGGUGGAUCUUGGUUCUGUAAAUAUUUGGACAACGGAAAUUGCAUGUCUUGUGGAGCACGUAAAGCCUGUCCCCCUGGGGUUAACUAUCAGGACUAUGACCCUGGGAUGCCACAAGAGGGUCAUGUCCAGGAGCAAAGUUACCAAAGUGUGAUGCAUGAAAGCGGUCUUCAACAAGUGUAUCACUCCGCUAUCAAGAAGGAGAGUUCUGGAUGGAUGAGUGCUGACUCCAGACUGAGAUGUGAGGAUAUGUUGCCAGUGUACUUCUCUGACCGGAGGGUGUGUAAGGUAUGUGGAGACGAGGCGUCAGGCUGUCACUAUGGAGCUGUUACCUGUGGGAGCUGCAAGGUGUUCUUCAAGAGGGCUGCAGAGGGUAAGCAGAAUCACCUGUGCGCCAGCCGUAACGACUGCACCAUCGACAAGCUGAGGAGGAAGAACUGUCCUUCCUGUCGUCUCAGCAGAUGCUUCCGGUCUGGAAUGAGCCUCAAAGGCCGCAAGCUGAGGGGAGCUGGCCCGCUGAAAGGAGGAGUGGAGGGGGGAACACAGGCACCCGGCAAAGAGAGGACUGGAGAGAGGGGAGGAGAGAGGCCUGGAGAGAGGGGAGGAGAGAGGACUGGAGAGAGGACUGGGGGAUUACAGUUAUCCACCGUUUCCCCACAGGCUAAAUGCUGUGCUGCGUCGCAGGCUCCCGCUCUUGGCCCCUCCCCCAGUCUACGCCCCUCCCUCCUCAACAUUUUGAGUUCCAUUGAGCCAGGAAUGGUCAACGCAGGCCAUGACACCUCCCAGCCAGACUGUUUCGCCUCCCUACUGUCCAGCCUCAACGAGCUGGGAGAGAGACAACUGGUGUCUGUGGUGAACUGGGCUAAAGCCAUGCCAGGUUUUAGACAGCUGCAUGUAGAAGACCAGAUGUCAGUGAUCCAGUCUUCAUGGCUGGGGUUGAUGGUGUUCGCUCUGGGCUGGAGGUCUUACACUAACACAGAUGCUAGAGAGCUCUACUUCGCUCCUGACCUCAUCUUUAACGAUCAGAGGAUGCGUGUGUCCAGUAUGUACGAACACUGUGUCCAGUUCCGUCUGCUGUCCCAGAGGUUCUGUAUGCUCAGAGUCACCCAGGAAGAGUUCCUCUGUAUGAAGGCUCUGCUCCUCUUCAGCAUCAUCCCUGUGGAGGGUCUGAGGAAUCAGAAGUGUUUUGACGAGCUGAGGAUCUCUUACAUCAAGGAGCUGGUUUGUCUGGCCAGCCAACACGGAGAAAAACACCAUACACAACGCCUGUUCCAGCUAACACAGCUACUGGACUUCCUACACCCGAUUGUGAGGAAGCUGCACCAGUUCACCUAUGAUCUGUUUAUCCAGGCCCAGUCUCUGCCCACCAGAGUCAGCUAUCCAGAGAUGAUCUCUGAGAUCGUCAGCGUUCACGUGCCCAAGAUACUCACAGGCAUAGUUCAGCCAAUCCUCUUUCACAAUGCACCUUGCUAGAGGGUCAUCCCAUCACAAUGCACCUUGCUAUAGGGUCAUCCUAUCACAAUGCACCUUGUUAGAGGGUCAUCCUAUCACAAUGCACCUUGUUAGAGGGUCAUCCUAUCACAAAAAACCCUGCAAGUGGUUCAACCUAUCACAAAACUUCCUGCUAGAGGUUCAACCCAGGGCAGGUCCUAGGCACAAGGUACUUUUUUUGGGGGGGGGGGUCUCAGUCGGGGUCUCAACUUAAUGUUGAGAGUUAAAGUAAAAUACACAAGGUGACAUUUUUAAAUUUGUUGGUGAAUCAGCAGUUUUUGUUAGUGAAUCAGCAGAUUGUGUUAGUGAAUCAGCAGUUUUUGUUAGUGAAUCAGCAGAUUGUGUUAGUGAAUCAGCAGUUUUUGUUAGUGAAUCAGCAGAUUGUGUUAGUGAAUCAGCAGUUUUUGUUAGUGAAUCAGCAGAUUGUGUUAGUGCUUCAGCAGUGUCAGUCUCUGAGUUAGCCCUUGUCAGCAAACAUUUAUUUAGAUUGGUAAGUUAGCCUAGCCAGCUGUCUACGCCUUAUAGUAAUCAUGGCCAACUAAUGACCAGGCACGCAUGUACCCUGACCUCCAGGGGACCUCCAUUGAUGUUGUCAGUCACUCUCACUCAGAUAUCAUAAGUCAUGGCAAAAUGUGUAGAAUUGUAGGAAAUUUGCUUUACAACUUGAUAAUUUCUCUCCACCCCCUGGCAGUAUUUGUAGAAUUGUUGGAAAUUUGCUUUAAAUCUACAAGAUCUUCUGGCUGCCCCAUUUGAAGAAAAAUGUGUAUAAUUUGAUAGAAUGUGAUUUAAAACCACAACAUUUUCUCUUCUCCCCGUAGCUAAAUGCGAAUGUGAAUUUCAGGAAAUGUACUUUCAAACUUACAUUUGCUUUAUCUGUGCCGUCAAGAGGGGGCCCACUAAAAUGUUUUACCCGCAUGGUGUGGGGCCCCACAACGCUAGGGCCAGCCCUGGUUCAAUAUAUCACAAAAACCUUACUAGAGGACCAACCAUUGUCUGUACAUGAAUGGGCAAAGCCGUCGAUGAUGUCACACCAUUAAUUCCUAUGUGAAGACUCAAUGUCGCAUUUGAAGGUUAGGAAGUCAGUUUUAGCUUGCUGAAGUGCCGUCUCAUUGGGGAUAUGUAUGUCGACAUAACAUGCACAGUUUGAGCUACUCCAGGAAGGGACGUUGCAGGCUAGGUCAGAGCUGCCUGCAACCGAAGGCCGACCAGGGUACUGCAGGCUACCAUAGCAACUCAAUUAUCCUUAUAACUUCUUUGUACAAUUGUAUUUUUUUUAUAUAAUCAGUUCAAGGACAUACAUCUGUUCUAAUAUAAGCAAUUAUUGGUAACAUGGUUGUGUUUGAAUGCUAUUUUUAUUUUUUUCUCUCUAAUAUUGACAACGAAGAUUGCCAUUUUCCCAUUCACUAUAAUGGGAGAUCCUGCUUUCUGGAAACAACAGCCUUCAGUACCGCAGUCGGCCUUGAACUUCAUGGCUUCAAUGAGAGGGGUCAGUUGGUCUCCCCAGGGUUGAUUACAUUACAACCCCUGAUCUCAAGCUAGGGUUUGAUCCUGAAUGUACAUUUCAGACUGUUGGUUUUCUCUCUUUUCAACUGUUAUAUACUCUUUCAUAGUUUCAGUAAAUGUAGUAGUGUGUUUAACACUGUCAAAAUAAGUCAUAAUUCUUCUGAAUAACACAUCAUUCAUACUCUACAGACAUUCAUAUAUAACACAAUAUCUGUAAAUAUAAAAUGCAUUAUACUUUGCAUAUUCUAUCAAAACAAUUCAUACUUCUUUAAAAUUCUAACAAAUGAAACUAUCUAUAUUCCACAUCACUGGGUCAUCAUGUGAUUUGUAUCUUAAGUAUUCUAUAAGUGACAGGGAAACACAUACAGGUUGUACCCAAAAUUACAUCCAACCCUUUUAGUGCACUACAUUUGAGUAGGACCCAUAGGGCUCUGGUCAAAACUAGUGCACUAUAUAGGGAAUAGGGUGCCAAUUUCUGACUCAAUUUUCCAUAAACAAAUUAUAUUUCUCCCUCAGGUAAGGUGUUACCAUCUAUUGAAGUAUUGAUCUUCAUCAAUACUUUAUCCUAUCUGAGUUCAUAUGUCUACUUACCAAAUAAAUACCGUACCUCACUA